GACCAGGUGAAGUCUGGCCCUACAUAUGCUCCUCCAAACACAACAGAUCAAAAAAUCAUAUUAAAAGAUUCUUGAGUGUUUCUGCUUUAGAAUCUUGUGGGCCAAUCUUGCAGACCUCGCUCAGGCAAAACUCCUAUUGACUGUAGGUUCCAGACCGUAAUGUUUGUUUAAAAAAUGUUUCGGUGAUGUAACGUAUCUUUUAUGCAUAAUAUCUUCCAGCGCACUCUAGCCUUGGAGAAACGGCAUAAUGUGGCGAAGAACAAAACAUAGCAAAGGAAAAUAUAAAGUAUUUGUGGUUGGAGGAUGUGAUGACAUCACGUUGCUCAGCGGGAACUUAGGGCUUUUAAAAAGCUGAAGGAAACAUUCUGACAGCCAGUUAUCACAUCACUUGUAAAGGAGUAAAACACAGUUAGCGAUUAAAAAGCCACACUAUCUUCUUCAAAGAGAAAAGACUCCGUUCUGCCACAGAAUAUGCACUGGCAAAAAUCUUCUGCUUCAGAGCAUCAGCAGCAGCCACGACCCUAUCAAGGUGUCCGUGUAAAAGAACCAGUGAAGGAGCUACUGAAGAGGAAACGUGGCAACAUUCAUAGUGUUAAUGCAGCUGCAGCGACAACGGUUGUUUUGCCCCAUCAGCCACUUCCGUCCUAUUCACCACUUGGCCAGCCUUGCAUUGAUAUGGAUGUUACUGCCUCUUCAUUGCCAGUUACCGAUGAAGGGGCAUUAUGUUCUGGUUGGCUCUCUCAGCCUUCUCCUGCUACUCUACAGCCCUUAACCCAGUGGACAACAUACCCGGAUUAUAUGUCACAUGAAGCAGUCAGCUGUCCAUACACAGCAGACAUGUAUGUUCAGCCUGUGUGUCCCAGUUAUACACUUGUUGGACCCUCUUCAGUUCUGACUUACGCAUCCCAGCCGCUGAUCACCAAUUUUGCGCCAAGAAGCACCACUCCAGCUGUUGUGCCGCAGCUGGAGGUGACAGACCAGCAAUCCCCUCUUACCUAUUUCCCAUGGGCUCAGCCCAUUUCUGCAUUACCAGCGUCUACCCUGCAGUAUCAGCCAGCUUCAUCCUCGCUUCCUGGGCCACAGUUCGUUCCACUUCCUAUUUCAAUUCCAGAGCCAGCCCCACAGGAACUGGAGGAUGCAAGAAGAGUGAUCAGCACUCUGCCCAUUGAAAAGCUACUUCUAGAAGAUGAAGACAAUGAUACAAUUCUACAUAUUUAUGCAGCUAAAGGUAUGAGGGAAUACUCACUGGCAGCCGCAGAGCGUAUGAGAGAGCUGCGAAGACUAGAUGCCAAGGAGCACAGAGGAAAGACUCCCCUGUUGGUUGCUGUAACUGCCAGACAACCAGCCAUAGUCUAUGAUUUGAUACUGACAGGGGCUGAUGUCAAUGCUGUGGACGAUAAAGGGCAAUCCGCUUUACACCUCGCGGCAACUUAUGGAUAUGCACAAGUCAUCCAGGUUAUUAUGUCACUAGGUUUCCCUCACGAUUUAGAAAUGAAGGAUUUUGAAGGCCAUACCCCACUUCACUGUGCUGUUCUGUCCCAUAAUUCCCUGUUCCGAGAGCAGCAGUGUCAGCUUACACUAACUGAGGAAGAGAAAAAAGAACUUCAGUACCAGAGUGAGGAGGUGCUAUCAUGUAUCCACCUUCUGGUGCAGAUGGGAGCCUCCAUCCACAGCCGAGAUGUUAAAAGCAACAAGACAGUAGUUCAUUACACGGUACAGGAUGGGAACAUCUCCCUGCUCAAAUACUUCUUGGAACUAAACACUUUCAUGUCUGAGGACUUUAUCAACAGUAAGGCUCAUGGUAACACUGCUUUGCACAUGGCAGCUGCUCUUUAUCAGGACAAAAAUCAGGAAGAAAUUAUCAAAUUGCUCCUGGACCAUGGGGCAGACCCAAGCAUCCGAAACUUAGACAACGACCAGGCAAUUCACAUGGCACAGUCAGGAAAGGCUGGCGAUCGGGUCAGGCAUUUGCUGAAGAAAGGGAGAGUCACGUCAGCAUUUGUUACCUGCCGUCGAAACGCGAGAUCCUAGAUCACCUGCCAAUUCAGACAGGGUUUUGCCUUGGUUUCCUGAGAAGGCACCUCCUUUCAGAAAAACUUGAAGUCUUUAAAUCAAGACUGAAUGACUUUCUAAAAGAUACAUUCUAGUUUUGCCACAAGUUGUUGGCCUCAGUGACAGCGAUUACUGGGUGAAAUUCUGUGGCCUUUGUUAUGCAGGAGGUCAGAUUCUAACUGCCCCUUCUGGCCUUAAAGUCUAUGAAAAUCCAAAGACUUCAGUGAUGAACUGUAUGAUGCAAAUGUGCUGUAGCCACUAAGUUGAGCUCACCAUCGUAUGAAUCACUUACAGAUUUAAACUAGUUUAAAUGGUGGAUUCUCUGUCACUUGAAGUCUUUAAGUCAUGAUUUGAGGACUUCAGAAACUCAGCCAGAAGUUAGGGGUCUAUAACAGGAGUGGGUGGGUGAGGUUAUGUGGCCUGCCAUGUGCAGGAGGUCAGACUAGAUGAUCAUGGUGGUCCCUUCUGGCCUUAAAGUCUAUGAGUCUAUGGCAUUGUCAUAGUUCACCUGUGUGACCACCAGUACGUCUGAACCUAAGACAUCUAAAGUGAAAAUUCCUCUUGUCCAUGAAGCUACUAUCAGUUCUGUUCCUCAGUAUUUUGCAUGAGAAUAUUGAAGUAGCCACACUUGAAAGCUUAGGUAUCGUGCUUCUGACUCUAAGGGGGGAAAACAAAUGCUCACAAGGAUAAACAUGCAGGACCAGAUCCUCAGGUGGUGUAGGUUAGCAUAACUCCGCUGAAGUCAAUACAGCUGCACUAAUUUACACCAGCUGAGAAUCUAACCCACAUAUUCUAUUUAGCAUUCAGAAAAGUUAAUUUAACAACAGUUCCUGUAUGUAAAAAUAACAGACCCGGCUGAUCAUUUGAGUUCUUCUCUUCUUUUAGGACUAUCCUCCUACAGUAUUUGCAAUGAUUAAUGGGAUUUUGCAGCUCCAAUCAUGUAGUUAAAAGAGUGCAGGAAAUCACUUUGUCCUACAGAAGACAGGUAAUGAUCACUGGCAAACAUGGUGACGUUAUCUAACCUGCUUAAUUAGUUUAGUUAGAUUAAUCACAAAGGCAAAAUCAUCAGCAUCAAACCUAGACUGUCAGUCAUAUGCCCCCAACUGAUGGUAAAAGUAACCCAGAAAAUCAGAUGUCUGAAGAAAAGCCUGCUGGGUUUUGUUUUCAGGCAUCUAUUUCAUUUCAAAUGUGUUAAAAUUAUUCUUUACAAAACAAAUUACUUAAACCGAGGAAAUUACCCAGAAUAGUGACCAACAUUCAGGAUGCUCAUUCAAUAUUUCCAAUCAGAAUAAUCUAUACAACACUGUCAAUCAUAGCAGGAAUUAUGGUCCUGAAAGCAUUAAAAUACAAGAAGCUAGAUUCAUCUCAUCUGCAGCCAAGGAGCACGAGGUCUGGGAGGAGGGUGAAAAGGUGGCGUGAGCUCAUCUCUGUACUCUCUCAAAUCCUCAGCUCACUCUGUGUUAUUCCAGUCCCAUGGUGUAAUUUAGAGCAGUCUGAGGGUUGCCAAUGGUCCCAAAGGACAAACAUGGCAUUGGGGAAUGUAGGGAAGCCCCAGUCUGCCCAUUCACUGUGGGCUUCCACUGUGGGCAAAGUGGGAUUCAUUGCAGGAAUAAGGCCCAAAGCAUGAAUGGAGAAUAUUCAUAGUAACAUUCUUAGCGGAAUGUGUAUUGUAGUAGAUUCUUUCUAUGGAAAGAUUUGUGGGUUGCUAUGCAAUCGUAGACUGAAAAUAAUGCCUCUCAUGAGUCAAUAGAAAUGAGGGGGAGUAAAGGUGACAUUCUGACAAUCAGUAUCACAGAUGGUAAUUUUCAUUAAUUAUAUUUAAUAAGUUGACUAGAAAGCAUUUUGAUUGUACCUCACUAUUUCUCAUUGUAGCACAAAUGAAUUUUUAGCCAGUGUAAACAGAAAGGUAAAGGAUACUUUUUUUAAAAUUUUUUUUAUUUUAGUUUUUUUGCAGCAUCUAUGUGACUUAGGAGCCUAAGUCCCAGCAUCUUAGCUAUUGGAAAGUGACUCAGCCUUCGCUUUUUGAACAUUAGCGCUCAGUGUGUCCCUCUUGAAUGAUGCUGUUGCAUUGGGAAUCACUAGUGAUUUGCACUGAGACUUAGGCUCAUAAGUUACUUAGGGGUUUUGAAAAAGAACGUUUAGCCAAAUGUUCAGCAGGGUUAGACUAAAGCUCUUCAGAAACACUGCUAUAGGUAUUGUAAUUACAGAUUGCUGUAACUCUUAGCCUUCCUCAAACCUUUCCCUCCCUACUACUUGGCUACUUCCUUUCACUGCAUCACGUCUACGUACCUGCCAACAUCCUCUAACCAAAAAAAAAAAAAAAGAGUAGCUUGUAUAUUUGCAUAUAUUUGCAUACAUUCAGGCACAAAUCAGCCAAAGCACAUGCCUUCUCAUUUUGAAGCUAUGCUGUAAGAAACUCCAGCGUGGGAAUGAAUGCAUGCACGAGUGAAUGUUCAAUGGGUGACACGUGUAAAUGCAAAUAAAUAAAUAAAUGCAGUUGUUUAACUUGCUACCAUCAGAAAUCUGUGAAUAACACUGAGCAUUUAAUACACUUUAAUGCAACCACUCAUGCCGAUUUUUAUGUGGAAAUCCUUAUUUGUGAAAUGAAUUGGAUACCAUCAUACAAUACAUGGAAUAAACCAUUCUUGAAUUAAUGAGUGUAUAAAUUAUUAGCUCCCCUAAUUACUUUCUUUAACAUGUUUAAUAUUUAACCCUUAAUAACAACAACACAUAGCUCUUGUAUAGCACUUUUCAUCUGUAUAGUUCAAAAUUCUUUACAAUGGAGGGAAAAUUUCACUAUCUCCAUUUUACAGAUGGGGAAACUGAGGCACGGGGAGGUACAAUGACUUGCCCAGUGCCAGACAGUGAAUCAGUGCAACAGCUGGGAAAUAGAACAUAGGUCUACCGCAUUCCAGGCCAGGGUCUUAUCUAUUGGAGCAUGCAACUCUCAAAGUGCCUCUUUCAGCCAUUCUUUUCUGAACAUUAGUGUGUGAAAUGUCCCUCUGGAAUGAUGAUGUUAUUGGAAAUCACUGCUAGUUGCUGAAAGCUAUACAUUGGUGUGUGUGCAUAACAUGAUGACUGCUAAGAACAGCAGAAUGUCAAACAGGCCUGCUUCUUUGUUACACUGAGGCCCUUUUACACAACUCUGGCAUUGAAUAGAAGCUUUAAAAUAAGCAUAACUGUAAUUUAUGUCCAUUUUAAGGCCCCUUUAGAUGGACAGAUAGGUGCAAAGUGGUGUUAAUGUAAUCCGGUCAGAUCCAGUGUUCCUGCAAAAUAAAUAUUUAAAAGGAAAGGUUAUUUUUUAAAAUGGUACGCUCCACUUGUAAUAAGCUUUUCCCUAUAGGAAUAUGGGCAUGUCUUAGGUUUUCGAUGCAUGUACUGAUCCAAAGCCCACUGAAAUCAAUGGGAGUGAUUUCAUUGAUAUCAAAGGCUUUGGAUCAGAGCCCGAGACACUUGGCAGCAAAGCUGUUGAAUCCAGAUAACAGGUAAAGAAACCAUUUGAAAAUAAAGCACCUUUUCCUCUUCUAGAGUGAAAAUGACCACUGUGCAGAGAAACAGCACUACACCUGUGCACCAUUAAGUCCCUCUUACGCCCUCAAAAUAGGAUUUAUGUACUAGUGCAUAGGCUUCUGCUGACUGCACAGAGCUGAAUUUCACUCAUUCAGUAGUACCUUACUCUGCAAGAGAGAGAGAUUCCUGUUGAUUUCAAUGCAAUUGUUCAAGCAAUAAGGCACUACACACCGUGAGAAAGGAUGGUAGAAUUUGGCCCUCUGUUUUGUCCAGGUUUAUCCUUUCCUACCUUUGACUUAGCAUAGGUUGUUACUCAGAAGGCACUGUUACCAUUAAACAAAGGCAUAGAGAAUUAGCACUAUGGAAAAUCUCCAAAUGGUCUGUAGUUGAAAGCAAGGAACUAUUAUUUGAUGGAUUAAACAGGGCAUUAGCAGAAAGCCCUAAUUUAAGAGGUUUUGUCUUACCUAAAUCUGCACAGUGCAGUUUGAAAUUGGGGUCCAGACAUUAGGUUUGUUAAUGGUUUAAGUCUCAAUUUCUUAUAAGAAGGGAAUUAUCUUAAAAUAAAAUAUCAAUAUUUUAUAUGCAAACUAUAUAAUCUAUAUUUAUUAUAUAAACAUUGGCCAAAUUCUCAGCGGAUGCAAAUCAGUGUAACUCCAGUGGUGCUCUGCCAGUUUAUAUCAACUGAGAACCUGGCCCAAAGUGUUUUCUUUUAAACAAAAUUGAAAAACAAAAAAUACAAAAAAUAAAAAAAAAAUUUAAAAAAGUCCUGCAUUCCUUAUUGUUGAAAAAGCCCAGGAGCAACCUUUGAUGAAUUGUCUCCUUCUGUCAUUUCUUUCUGAUGUUAAUAGACAGUCCAUCUGUGGCUCAAUAAUCAGCAAGUUUUUACUUGCACUGAAUGAAUCAUCUGAAACGAAUGAAAGACUUGAGGACCUGGAAACAUAACAACCCAAAACACAAACAAAAGUCUGUAACAUGUUUGCCGUCCUAGGCUUGGACUCAAAAAUAAUAGACAAAAUUGCAGAAACGCAUGACUGAUGGCAUUAUUCCAAAGGUCGAUGAAAGACCAAAAAUAAAAAAUAAAAAAAAAUGGUGUCAGUUCUGAGCCCUGAAUUUGUAAAGGACAGGGACAGAAACAUGGCCUGUGAUUGCCAGGCCUCUGGCCUUCAUCUGGGCUCCAACACCACGUUCCACUCCAACAGCUCUGCUGCAUUGACCCUGGAGUGAUGCACAGCAUUCUUCCUCCAUAGGCCCCCUCCGGGAGCAGCGAGGGGUGAACCUGCACACCCUGUGGCUCUUAAGUCUCUGAGGAGAGAGCAGAGCACAUCCCUGGGGAUCCCUGACAAGCUGUGGGGCUCACUUUCCCCUUCACACUGCUGGCUACUCUGAAAUCCUUCUCCCUAACUCACAAGCAGAUGUUUUUUUCUAAAAGAUCCGCUCUAGGAAUUAUUGUGGGGCAGGUCUCUGGCCUGUGUUAUACAGGAGUCAGACUAGGUGAUCACAAUGGCCCCUUCUGGCCUUUUAGUCUAUGGAUCUAUAAUUCUCAGUUACGCUAAGGCCUCUUUACACCCAUCAUAGGGUGACUGGCUCCUUUAAGGAGAGAUGAGAUCGGCCACCCCUGUGCCAUAAUUAAUUAGCUGGUUCCCAGCCUGAGGAACAGGACUAAGGAGGGUCAGGUGAGCCCUGAGCUAGGGUCUGCUGGAGGCUGGGUGCUCUGUAGUGGAAUGGAGUGGAACCACAAGGAGUGGGCAGGCCCUGAGCUGUAGGAAGCUGGGUGCUUCAGGGGCCCAGUUCCUCAGGGGCCUGGCGCUUCAUACCAGCGUGGGGAAGGAUGCAAGGAACAGAGCCCAGAAGGAGCUGUGAACAGUACUUCAGGGAACCAGCCUGGGGGCUGAAUGCUGUGUCCCAGAGCCAGAAGACUCUCCCAGGUAACCCAGGAAGGGGCUGGGAGUAGGGCCCUGAGAGUGGGUUGAAGAGAAACGCCUGAAUGGCAGAAGGACCGUUUGUUUGUUGGGACAUUUUUAGUUGCCCUGUUGCUAUCCCAGAAGGGAUUGUUUUGCUUGUCACUUGGCUGGAGGGCUCAGCUGCAUCUCUAGCACAUCUUCAGUGUGUGGAGAGCUGAGACCCAAAUUGGUGAGGGUAAAUGGACCUUAAUGUGAACAUUAUUUGCAAUUUCCACCCACUUCAAGGGCCUGAAACUCUGGCAGAGCAAAGUAAAAGGGUACUAGUGUAAAUGACAAUCAGACUUAAAAAGUAUAAUGGUCACCUAGGGUCUGGUUCCCUGCUGCCCUUUAUCUUGUACAGUCGUUUACAGCUAUGCAAAGUAUAGUAGUGUUUACACCCCCCUGUGAAUUCACUUUGCACAAGGUGCAAAGCCGCAGGAAUCAGAAUCGGGCCCCUUGCCUCUCUGCCUGUCAAACCCUGUCUGCAGCGGUGCCUGGACCUCAUGCCAACUUCCUGCACAAGGGAUGAAUUUCACCAUUGGAAGGUGUUUAUCUAGGGCCUGCUUCUCAUUUAUAUUAAGCUCCCUUUAUACCACUCGGGCAGCAUAAGCGUGCCCUGGAGCAGUGGUUCUCAACCAGGGGUACGCCUACCCCGGGGGGGUACGCAGAGGUCUUCCAGGGGGUGCAUCAACUCAUCUAGAGAUUUGCCUAGUUUUACAACAGGCUACAUAAAAAGCACGAGCAAAAUCAGUAUAAACUAAAAUUUCCUACAGACAAUGACUUGUUUACGCUGCUCUAUAUGCUAUGCACUGCAAUGUAAGUACAAUAUUUGUAUUCCAGUUGAUUUAUUUUAUAUAAUUAUAUGGUACGAAUGAUAAAAUAAGCAAUUUUUCAGUACUAGUGUGGCUGUGACAUUUGUUUUUAUUUUUAUGUCUGAUUUUGGAAGCAAGUAGUUUUUAAGUGAGGGGAAACUUGAGGGUACACGAGCCAAAUAAGACUCCUGAAAGGAGUACAGUAGUCUGGAAAAGUUGAGAACCACUGCCUGGGAGUGAGUGUUAAGGCACCCUUUCUGGUUUUUCUGUUGGACAACGCCAAUUCGUUGGAAGAUAAAUGCUUUGCGGAAAUAUAUUGAUUUCAGCAGAAGUUCAUUUUGCAAGAGAAAUUGAAAAAAGCGCUUUGCUAAGGUCCAUUUUGGAAUGGAACACUUUGUUUCUCUAUUUCACAAUGACCUUUCAUUUCAAUUUUUAAAAAUUGGAUGUAAUGUAAAAUAAGUAGAAAUUGGAAUGAAUGACUUUGAUUUUAUUGAAACAAAAUGUUUCAAUUGACCGGAAACAAAGCUGGGGAUUUUUAGUGGGAAGAACUUCUGUUGUCUUAUGCCAAGUCCCCACUGAGGAGCUAUGCUAGCAUAACUAUACUAGCAAAGCUCUGUACUGUGGACAAGCCCCCAUGACUCAAUUCCUCAUCUGUAAAAUGGGGAAAAUACUCCAUCUGUCUGUCUUCCUUACUUAGACUGUGAGCUCUUAAGGGCAGAGACUGUCCCUUACCAGAUGCUUGUACAGUACAUAGCCCUGAUCUCCAUUGGGACCUCUAGGCGUUAAUGCAAUACAAAUAACAAAUGCCGGUGAAUUAAUAACAAUGGGCUCUUGAUCCUACAAAUGUUUACUACUAGGUUUAGAGCUUAUUGCUAUGAAUAAUUUCACUGACUGCCAUGCAAGUGUAAAGCAGCACUCGUAAAGUGUAGUGUGUAAUCGUUGUUUAUAGAAUAACCAAGAAACAUAAUUUCCCUGGUGCACGGCAGCUAAUCCUUAGCUGAGAAAAAGUAUUUAAUCUUUAUUAUUUAAAUUCCAUGCAACUGCAAUCAGAUAGGAGAGAGACACGGGCAUGUCAUAAACAUGUAAUAGUCUGGCAGGGUGUAGCCCUGGGCCAUAUGCCUACCACUAACCCUAGAAAACACACUGUGCCUCAGUGCACCUGUCACACCGUCGCACUGAAAUGCAGGCGCGGAUUUCCUAGCAGGCACUGGUCGUCUGAUACUUGGCUUGAAGUAUGUUAAUUGCAAGUUGUGAGUCCUUAUUAAUUGCAUUCCAGGAAGAUGACUCAGCGAAGGAUGUUUUAGUCUCCGUAUUUUUACAUUUUCCUCUUACUUUUUUGUGCAUUAUUUUAUUGGAUGUAAUAAAGACCAUUUGACUAGUCCUCACAAACUCAGGCUAACACUUUGAAAACGGAGGAGCAGAUUUGAUCACCUUAUUCCUAUUAAUUUUAAUGGGAAUUGAGCAUCUAUGCCCUGGGUUGGCUCUGACCAUCUCAAUUCACCCUUUAACUCUUCAAACUAUUAAUUUCUACAAGCCUCUACACACGUAACUAAAUCUGACCAAUUUCCAUGGACAAAUGUGUGGGGCCAAGAACUGCAAACACAUAAUCAGGUCCUCAGGUCAUACGGUGAUGGGCACAGUAUAAAAAUCGGCACAGACAGAAUGAUAGAUUUUAGUCUAAAUUGCCAAAUUUUUCAAGCCAAGGUUUGGAAGAGUUGCUGCUGCAUUCGGUAAACCAGCCAGCAGAAGGAAGAUCUUUCCCCUGUAUCAGAAUCUUGGUUCUCGCUAUGUAGCUUCACCUAGCUGCAAAUCUGAGCAGUAACACAUCAAUCUACUCCAGUCCCCAGGAAAGGAAAACAUGCCCUCCAUAGGUUGUGAAAAGUCCGGAGACAGCGUAUUCUGUGGCUGACCAGCAAACAAUUCCAUUUCAUGAACAGCAUGUUUUGAUUCGAAAAAAGCUUUGUUGAAAACUUUUCAACCCACGCUAGUGGAUUCAGUAGGUUUCAGGAGGUGACAAAAUAAUAAUGCUGGUGGGUUUCAUUUAGCAUGGAGGAAAAAAGACAACUCUGAAAACUACCAUCUCUAAUCCCACAAGCAAUCCAAGGGUACACAGGCACCUUCAAACUUUGCAUUUUACAAAAAAAACUUCAUGGGGAAUGCUCAACCUUAAGCUUUUAAAUUAAAAUUCAAAGUGAAAGAGGCCAGAAGGAAGCACUAUUAAAGUUAUGGCUAACACAGCUUGUUAAUAAUGGGAGCCAGCAGAGGUCAUUGUUUUACUGAGCCAGCAGGCAAUCGCUCUCUGUUUCAUCUACUAAUAUAUUCAGUGCACCACUGCGGUAAGGCUGAGACUGCAAACAGCAGGAAAUUCUCAGUUACGGGUUCUGCAGCUCACCCCGCUUCCCAGGGCACACUUAGAAUUUUGCUUUACUGCAUAAACAGCUAAAUAUAUACCUGUGUGACGAAUAUGGCCGGAAUACUGUUACUACAGGAACCCUGACUUUGAUAUCCUGGACCAGAUUCUAGUUUGUUCUCUGUCCCUUUGACACCACUAAGCCAGUGUGAAGGGGAUGGACUCCGGUCUUAGCUGAUCAGCAGACAAAUGUCAUUCUGUGGUGAAAAGCAGGCACAGCCAGCUUCUGUACCAGCCCCCUCUACUCACCACCUCAGCAGGCUUGCAUCACAAAUAAUGAUACAGUUUCAUGAUGUAUUCUUGUGAUAUUGUUAAACAUGUGUGUCUAAUGCCAUAGGUGUGUGUGGCUCUCUUUAUAGAGAAGACAGACGCCAUUCCUGCCAUGGGGCAUAUGAGAUCUGGGUGGUGCAGGGAGUGAUGACCAGGCACAGGGCAGGAUGGGUGGUGAGAGAGAGGGAAUGGGCUUAUUUUGCAUGGUAUAUAUGAUAUUGGUGCCUGUAAGUGUUACAUUUAUUCACUAGCAUUGUUCUCGUACAUCAUCAAACAGAGUGUGACACAGCAGAGUGAGACUGUGGGGAAAAGCAGGAUUAGUCAAUAGAGGGACAAAUUAUGUGAUGAACAGGGCCAGGCAGGAUAUUUCAGGCAGGUGGUGGAGGGAGCCGUCUGGGAGAAAGAGCCAGUGGAAAUGAAGGGAAGUGGGACUAGCAGAGUGAGAGUGGCAGGAGAGGAGAGAAAAGCAGGGGAUAGAGUCCGGAGGGCAAGAAUGAGGAUUUGAUGCACAAGGGGGUUCAAAGUGGGGAGAUGCCCUGGAUGGAGAUGUGGGAGGGAAGGAGGAAUUUGGCAGCAGACAGGCUGUGCUGUCACUUCCCUGCUAUGCAAGGAACUGGGAGUUUGGGGGAGAGGGGUGGAAAUUUCAGAAGAAUCAGAUGUUUAUACAAAUGGGUCCAGAGCCUCAGCUGGUGGAAACUGGUGUCAUUCCACCUCACUCAAUUGAACUUUCCCAAUUUAUAAAGUCUGAGGAUCUGGUCCAUGUUCACGCUGGAAAAUCUCAUCGUUAGUCUUCUGAUGCUUACAGAAUCCUAUUGUGAUUCAUUAUGCUCCAUGCAGUUGUCACCCCAGUCACAAACAGAGGGUUCUACCAACAUCCAGUGAAUGGGUCGCUUGUAAGACCUCCACCCUUCAGUGAAGGUAAGCUAGUGAGUGGCAUUAGACCCUAUAGAGCGAACUGGAGUUGCAAGGUGAAUGGAGAUUGAAUUGGUAGGAGAGCAGGGUCAAAGGAAGGAAAUGGAAGAGAAAGGAAGUGGGAUGAUGAUGACAGAACAACAGGCAGACUUUCAGGUAAGUAGGGCCCUACCAAAUUCAUGUCCAUGAAAAACGCAUCACGGACCAUGAAAUCUGGUCUCCCCCUCCUUGUGAAAUCUGGUCUUUUGUGUGCUUUUACCCUAUACUAUACAGAUUUCAUGGGGGAGACCAGCGUUUCUCAAAUUGGGGGUCCUGACCCAAAAGGGAGCUGCACGGGGGGUCGCAAAUUCAUUUUAGGGGGCCGUGGUAUUGCGACCUUUACUUCUGUGCUCCCUUCAGAGCUGGGUGGCCGGAGAGGGGCAGCUGCCAAGUGAGGGCCCAGCUCUGCAGGCAGCAGUGCAGAAGUAAGGGUAGCAGUACCGCACCCCCCCCACAAUAACCUUGCCCCCCCUGCCAUGAAUCCUUUUUGGGUCAGGACCUCUACAAUUACACCACCAUGAAAUUUCAGAUUUAAAUAGCUGAAAUCGUGAAAUUUAGGAUUUUUUAAAUCCUAUGACUGUGAAAUUGACCAAAAUGGACUGUGAAUUUGGUAGCGCUACAGGUAAUCGAAAGGAUGGAAAAGAGGUAAUAUUCACAGCUUGUGAAGGAAAAGAUGCUGGUUUUAGAAGAGGGCUAAUCUUGAACCUGGAGUGGUGAGUUUUACUUGGUACUCAUGUUUUUUUCUUACCUGAGAAGAUGUAUUUGAAUGAUCCAUGGAGAUUGUUUUGUUGGUUUGGGUUUAAUUUGGGGAAAUGCUUAUUCCUUUCUAAAUUCUACUUGUGGCUGGAGGAUUAAUUGAACAUGAAUCUUACUCCUUCUGCUCUAUCAGAAGAGCAUGGGGACACUGGCUAGGAAAGAGCUGAGGUUGUGCGAACAUUGGGGUAAUGAGGCUUCCGACAUGAGAAUUUUCUCAUUUAAAACCCUGGCACUUGGACUGGCAAUUGUAAUGAGAGCUGAAAGUGUGGAGAAGCAAGAAGGCUUGGCAGAUCUAACCAGACAAUAACUUAUCCACUUAGAUUAAAUCAUCAUUAAAGCGCUGCUUUUUUGUUUCAGCUGGCUGUCCUUUAAAGUGACAAAUGGUUCUGAGCAGACUGUGACAUUUCAGGAAGAUGCAUUGCCCUAAGGAGAUGUCAUUUCUACAGUGACGUAGGGAGCCUGCAGUUUGUUAAAACACCAUUGGCAAGCUCCUCAGUGGUGUAAAUCAGCAUAGCUCCAGUGAAUUCAGACAGAGAUGUAGGGUCUGCAUGCAACAUCUCUUGAAGUCAAUUUGUUGAUUUACACCAGCUGAGAAUCUGUCCCCAUUUCUCCUUGUGCAGUCCAAAUCCCAAACGCCAGGUGUUGCUCCAAUGUAUAGUAGCUAAGAUGAAAUGUUCCUAGCUCACACUACCACAUCUUCACUACUAUUGUUACCUGGGCUAGCUAGAUUAAAGCUAGCCCUGGUGUGCCUACCCAUUCCACAACUGCACCUUCACUUGCAGAGUAGAUGCACCCUGCAAUAAAACUCCCUUUGGCUCAUUUUGAAAAUUCCAGCCGAAUGUUUUCCUCUACACAUAGGUGAACGAGCACUAACUCUGUGUGGUAAGGAUUCCUGGUGGAUGUCUCCUUCUGAAAGCCCAGCCCUGUUGUGAUAUUUAGAGGUUCCAUGAUUUUUCAAUGGUGCAGAAAAUCUAACAUUUUGCUUGUUGUGUAUCUAAGAUAAAAACAACCACCUGGGAAAAGUUCUGUCUUUGAUUAGUUUGACCAAGGGGAGUGAACAAUUGUUGCAAUGACAGUUGGUGAGACUGGGAGGAGAGUACUUCAGUGUUGGAAGGAUGCAUGUAUAUUCAGACAUGUGACAAAGGUACCGUGAAAUGGACAGCAGGUGUUUAUUGGCUAAUCGUCCCACACUUCACAGCAGAUGGGAAAUAUAAGAAAUGGAUUGGAAGAGAAAACAUUGGUCCUGAUCCAGCAAUCACUUACACAACUGAGUAACUUUUCAAACCCCAGGAGGCCCAUUGACUUCAUGUGCAAAGGCCCCACUUUACUCACAUAAAUAUGUAUUUGCAAGAGCAAGACCUUUGACUAUAGCAGAAGCGACCCCCUCCUACCCCCCGGUGGCUGGAAAAAAAAAUCAGAUUUCCUCAGAAUAACCUAAAGAAUCUUUUAUAAACUUAACAAGAAGGAAUGUGCUCCAGGAAUCUGUACAAAAUUAUUUAUUUGUAAUAACAAAAACUUGUUUAGUGAAGCAUUCUCUGAAAGCUAGUUUGUUUUUUGUUUUGUUUUUUUUAUGAAAUACAAGACAGAAGGACAACUGGAGCAAUGCUGUGAGUCUUAAAACAUUGUUACUCAUGAGGACUAAAUUAACACCUGGAGCAUACCAGGUGAAGUAGUGUAGAGUAAACUGAACUUUGUGUUAGACAGUGAUGUUUUGCAUAGUUCAUAGGCAGUUAGCUGAUUUGGAUACCUGUACGUAUGUACAUAUAUAUAAAACCAUCAUCUCCAUUAACUGUAGCAGAUGUCGUAGUUUCUAUCCCUUCUAAAGAAGUCAUCUGCCAUUGUCAUGGUGCCAGGAUAGUCCAUACAGUCUGCACUUGGAUAAGGGAAAUACUCUGAUACUCUGAAUGUAUCCAAGUGCUCUGAGGCACAGGAUGAGCAAUAACAGGCAGAGGGGGAGCAGCUGUACUGCGGAUGGGAGCACUCCUCGAGAGGAUAGCCGUAGUUCGUGGUGUCUAGAGGACAAAGAGGGCUGAUGUUCAGUGGAGCAAAAGGAGGCAGUUGAGGUGGGGAGUAGCUAUAGUCUAAUGGGCUGGACAGGUCAGACGAGGCAGGAGAUCCAGGAACCUAUAACAAUGCAGAGAAAAGAAAAUGUGGUGGUAAAUGAAGUCAGUAAUAAUGGGUGUUCAAAUAACUACACAGACCAGAAAAAAUACACUCUUAAUUGCAAGGCCCUGAAUGCAUGACCACAUCACACCCCAUUCUGGAGUUACCCUGGUCCACUGAUAGUUCCAGAGUUUUGAAAUCAGUGGGCUUCACAAAGUGACUGUGAACUCAUCAAGAUGUCAGAAUGUGUGUGUGGUUCUUCGGGAAACACCACCCUGAUCCUGCAAUGAGCUCUGUGCACGAGGACCUCUGCACCCACCCUGAGUCCCGGUGACUUCAGCGAAUGUCUGUGCUGACAGAGGGGUCCAUCUGGAUACAAGUCACUGCAGGAUCGGCGCCUUAGUGCUCAACAAAGGAGCAUGCUAGAGAAAAGUCCCAGAUAUGCCAGGUGAUAGCCCUGAACAGGGGCUGCUCGGCCCCAGUUCUGUUCUAUACAAGUUUGUGUAGAAUAACAAAUUCCAGCAAGACAUCAUUGGGGUAACUGGCUUUGCCACAAUUUUUUCUGAUGAAUAACUGGGAUAUCUGAGGACACUGCACUCUGUUUGGUGUUGGUCCUUUAACCCUCCUGCCAUGAGCAUGUAGAAUGCAUGUCACUAAAUGACAUGUUAUAAACGUAGCUGUUUUCUAAACUGCUAGUUACAUGCAGUUUUAAACCCUCCUGUUUCACAGCAUAAGCCAACCUCUACCUGAGGAGGGUCAGGAAGGAACUUUGUAGUGGGCAGGUUAUUCCAUUACUGCCGACUUCAGGGGUUCUUGCACCUGCCUCUGGAGCUAUCAGAACAGAAUACUGAUCCAGGUGGAACAAUGGUCUGACCUGGUCUGGCAGUUCCUAUCUUGCUAUUCAUGAACAUGUCAAUGGCAUUAAUUUAACCCUUAGGAUCCAGUGGGGUGAAUUGGGGUUGUCCCCUGGCCCCUCCCUAAAGAGGUUCCAUGGAUUACAGGUAGGGGAGAAUAGUGUAUUGGAAGUGACACGCCUCAAUUCUGCAACCUCAGGUCAGGAUCAACAGGUUCCUCAUGCCCUCUCCCAGGAUAUGGGAAAGCCCCAAUUCUACAUGGAAUCCCAGACUCUCCCCUCCAGCUGUGGAGUUGUUGGAAAUGAAUCAUGCCCAUGAAACCAGUUCAAAACUGGCCCAGAGCCUCAGGGAGUGGGGAUUUUUAUUUUGCCCAUUUCGUUUCCCUUCUUGAUUUCCUUGCUGGACGUGCUUAGGUGAUUUCGCUCAAGGUGGUGCAAGCUAUAACUACAGACACCACCAGUCCAGCUCAGUAAAGAACGCAACCAACUUACCAGGCUCUGGUUAAAGCAGAGAGGGGUUGACAGGAAGGUGUCUGGGUUAUAGUGGGUAGAAGUCUGUAGAGCACUCAGGGAUGGGUCCAUAGGCGGCUCUGUCUGAAGAUAGGUAUCAACCAGUUGCUCCAAAUAACUUGGGUUUUCUUCACAGGAAAUGCAAUUUGGAAACUGCCGUGGCUGGAAAUAGUUGGGGGCAGAAGAGACAGGUUCUGCAUCAAAAUAAGCUGCUGGGAGAGGAAGAGAAAAAAGGAGAGUGUUCAGUACCUGUGCUUACAAAGGGAGGCUAAGCUAGCUGUAUGUUUCCUUUGGGUCAGACUGGGAUACCCUGGUCUGUGCUGAGCAGCAUCUUGUGCGGCAACCAGUCCCACGGAACACAGUGAGUCUAGACAUGGAGGAAAGGCUCUUCAAGUGUAGACUGAGAUUUCCAAAGGGUUCUAUGAGAGUUAGGUGCCUAGUUCCCAUUGAAAGUCAAUGCGGGAUGGGGGGAAAUUUUUCAGAAGUGCCUGAAUGACUAGGGAGCUUAAGUCCUCUUGGUUUCCCAUGGGGACUUAGGCUCCAAGUCACUUAGUGCUUUUGAAAAUUGUGGGAUCCAACUCCCUUAGACUCCUUUGAAAAUUGCAGCUUGACUCUGAAAGUAAAUCCAAAGCAACCCUGAGAGCAUGUAACGCAGCGCUGUGCUGCUGCUAUUUUAACAGUUGGGUUUUGCCUUUAGCCUCUGCUAAACUCCGUGUUCCAGGGAUGCACGUCUCCUUUAAAACAAAAAAUAGCUUCUCGUCUUCAUAAGCAAGGACAGAGGCAAAACACUCGAGAGAGACCAGAGCUGUCCCUACAUUACUUCUGAAAAAUUUGGCGAGUAUGUAGAUGACACAGACCUAGGUUCAGCUGGUGUCAUAUGGAAGAGGGCAGGGGUCGAAAAGGCUCUAGGGCCAGAUUUUCAUUUACACCAAGACCUCUUUGCACUGCAGUACUCUGGUACUGGGUAUCAAUUACCAGAGCGGUGUAAAUAAGAAUUUGGCCCUCUAGGCUUGACUGCAUUUCAUGCUAAAUUCAGCUGUUCUCAAACAGUUAAUAACAAAGCCCUGAUCUUGCAAACACUUACCUAUGCAGGUAGUCCUGUUGAUCUCAAUGGGAUUGCUAGCAUGUGUAACAUUACUCUCAUGCGUAAGUGUUUUCAGGACUGGGACCAAAGUGUUUAAUUGGACCGUGGGGCAAAAAACAUGCACCCAAAAGAGAGAGAAAGAUUUACCAGCCUGAAAAAGGUUAUGUGCGUCUCAAGUUUCUAUAUUAACAUAAGCAAAUUUAAACCCCAAAUAUUUAUUAUUUAAGCGUUUCCUUGUCCACACAAUGUAUACAUGCACACAUUUACAAAUGAACAGGGAAACUUUCUGGAUCUCUUAGCUACCAACAUCUAGAGAAUAAAAGAUCUGAAAAGUCCAAACUAAUAUUUUUUUCUCCCACCUCCUGGAUAUUGGUGUCAACCAGGAAGGAGCUGUUUAUGCAUCUCUGUUGAAAAGUCUGACACCCCUUCUGAACUCUACAGGGAGAGGGGGAAAGAGAGAAACUGACUCUGCUGGAAGCUAAAUGAUUGGCAAGACAACUAACGCUUUAAAACAUUCUGGUCCCAUCUGACAAUCAGAUGAAGGCAGUACCAAGAGAUAGAAAUCUUGAUGAAGGCACCACGGCAGUGUUAUUCUGCUGGUAAUAAAUGUUACCGACUAAUUGGAGCUUUGAUCCUCUGUAGAAAAGGCAAACUACAUGGAUAUGAAGACAAAAUUUCUGCUAGAGUGAGGGCAAAAUGUACCUUGCUUGUCUUACUGCAUCCUCAUCUGCAUUUAGUGAGCAUUUUUCAGGUUCUGAUUGGUUGGAUUCCUAAUUAAAUGGUAGUGCUUGCCUCAAGCCUUGCACCAAGAGCUAAAAAGACUUGGACUGGAGGAAUAGGUGGGGGGAGGGGAGAAGGGGGAUGCUCUUUGUACCAACCUGUGCAGGGAGGAGAAACAGAUUCUGGAAACUGGACACUGCUGCUGCCUCGGGAAACCUGACAAAACAGAACAGAAGGAAAAUAGCAAAUGCAAGUCUUUCUGUUUUAAGAGAUCAAAGGAGAUCUUUUUCCUGAACAUUGAGGUUGCAGUCUGCUCAGCUUCUUGUGCAAUCAACCGCUGCAGAGAGCAGGAGGUGGGAGAUUAAAUCUGAAAACCAUCCAGGCUGUAAUGUCACGAACCAGGAAGCAGUAAUGAUUUACCAACCUCUUUAUGCAAAAACACAGGGCAGCCUGAGCUAGAGGGCUCACUUACAAGAGAAGUGGAGUGUUCUCUGUGUGUCAAGUCUGCAUCAGUAUAUAGGUCUCCUUAACCCUUUCCUUCUCUCCAAAUAGUUUAUGGUUUUGAAAUGCAUUAAAGGCCCUAAUUCCACAAAGCACUUAAGCAUGUGUAUAACUUCAAGCACACACUGGGCCUAUUCACAUGCUUAAGUGCUUUACUGGAUUGCAGCCAGAGUGUCCUGCAUUAAGGGCCUGAUCCUGCACCAGUAAAGUGUUUUUAUUUAUUUAAAUGGGAGUGGGAUCAAGCCCUAUUUAAAUGGCUCUUUGCUCAUACUCACUUUCUAACUUUCUUUCAAGACAAAAGCAAAUACAUCUCUGGGGUUUUCUUUUUCUUUUUUUUUUUUCCUUUUUUUAAACAUGAACAAAGUUGCAUUACCCAUUAUAAAAAUCCCAAAUUUUCAAACACCUUCCAGGGUUUUUUAGUACAGGUUAAGAGAUAAGAGUCAACAUUUCCAUUGUUACCAGCCUUAACAAACUGAAAAGAAAAAUGUUAAAGGAGAAAAUUAUCCCCUUGAGACAACAAAGAUAGAAGAUGCAUGCGCAGUAAAACAGGGCACCAGAAACUACCUUCUAUCAGGCAACACUGAACAUCAGUUGCGAGCCAGCUGCUCAUUCACCAAGCUUGGCUAGGUCACUGUGAAAUUCCUCACCGUAACCUCCAGUGUUCAGUAACCUAACUAAUUUUAUGUCAUUACAAAUUUGGCUACCACACUGUUCACUCCUAGUCUAGAUCAUCAAUAAACAUCAGUCCUGGUACAGAACAUUGGACACUCAAUGUUAACCUUUGGUCACGUUGAAAAUUGACCGUUUUUCCCUGUUCAUGUCUCCUGGCCAGUUUCUCACCCCUGACAGCACUUUGCCUUUCACCUCAGGGUGACUAAUCUCUUGUGAGGCACUCUGUGAAAGGAUUACAUGAUUACCACAUACAUGAUGUUCUCCUGCGGCCACGGUUUUGCUAACACGCUCAGAAUUACAACAGAUUACAGAGGUGUGAUAUUCCUUCACAGAAGCCAGGCUGGUGUGUCCCUGUGUCGUGUUUUGUAACUUCAGUUUUAAUUAUCGUUUAGUUUGAUUCACUUGAUAAUGAAGUAAGGCACACUGCUCUACAAAUUGCCAAAAUCACCCCUCAUGCCUUUUUUUU